UGUAACUGCUGUUUGUGGGCGUGGCUAGACGGAGUUUUUUUAUUUUAUAACGUAUUAAUUAUUGUGAAAACUGGUUGUUUAGAUUUAAAACAAAAUACAGCUACGCUCGCGCACCACUGAGUAGCUGAGCUCGUGGCUGUGUGUCGCUGUGGUGUGAACGGAGUGUGAGGAGGAUUUAACGUUCGGUGUGAUUUUAAUGGAAUAAAAAGUAAAGAUCAGAUGAUCAGGGUCACGUUUUGGCAGUUACGAUGUUGAACAUUUCUGUAGUUGUGUCACUUUGUGUGUGUGUGUGUGUGUUAGCUAGAAGGAGAGUCAGUUAACUGGACACAGUUCUCGUGAGUUUCUGAUGCAAACAUCUGGAAAAAAAUCGUGUGUGAGAGAGAAGGAUUAAGGAGAAGGAAAGGGAGUGUACAGAGAAAGUGUGUGUGUGUGUGUGUGUGUGUGUGUGUAAUUCUCGGUUUCACCGAAGGAAAAGCAAAGCGGAGCGCGUGAGGAGCGCGCGCACCUAUUAUUAAAAAGAAAGGUCCCGGAUCAAAGGCGUCAAAAAAAUCCGUCGCGUGCCAGAUGAAGAUCGCUCUCGCAUCCCACAACAUUAUCUUCAUCUGUAAGCUCUCAUCGAAGCAACACAAAUAGAGGAAGAAGAGGAAAAAAGAGAAAGGGGAGGGAAAAAACAACGCUUUUGUGGAGGAUCAUAUGGAGCCGCGGGGUCACCGGAUGCGCGAGACAUUCCGCCACAUGACCGACGGGAGGCUUUUGUUUUGCGUUACCGACGCGGAAAAAAGCUCCGAGUGCACCACAGUGAGGACAUAAACACACCGCGGAGGAUAUUAAUUCGAAAUAUACCUUAAAAAACGCCACCGUGGUGCACGUGCGGCAGUGUAAACACGCACGAGGAAACAGAAACACGGAGGGAUUUUCCCCCCUUUUCUUUUUUUCUGAUUCCAGAGGGUUUUCUUCUCUACAGUUUUAUUCCAGUCAACGGAACAAGUCUGGACACGCGCAUCCCUGUAGCUCCAGAACAAGGCAGCGAUGACUUUGGUUUUGUCCAUGAACCCUUUCUGUGACCAUGAAUCUGAGCCUCCGCCCACAAUUUACCAGCCAAUCUGGGAGUCUGAACACAGUGGCCCCACCCACUCGUCAUCUGGGGGCGACGCCCAUGAGCUUCAUGAUGACUCCGCCUAUGGAGGAGCCGCACAUCAUGUGACCACGUCGCGAAUCGCCUACUUUAAAAGGAAAUACGUGGAAGACGACGACCUUCCCCUGAACUUCAGGAGUUACCGUCACACCGUGUCUCCACUGUUAGAGGAACACACUCACGUCCUUCACGUCUCUCUGGACAAAAUGCGCUUCAUCGACGAUCCCGAGGCGUUCCUGCGCCGCUCUGUUCUCAUCAACAAUCUCCUGCGCCGUCUCAGAGCCGAGAUCCUCCUCCAGGGGGCGUGGCCAUUCAUGGCAGGUUCCGCCCCGGUUUCCUUGAUGACGCCCGUCUCUGCCCACCAUGACCGGAGUCAUAAGAGACUGAGGUUGCUGCACGAGGAGGAGGAGGAGGAAGACGAGUGCGCCUCUGCGUGUUGUUGCUUCUACGAAGCGAGCAGGUACAUGCAGCUUCCUGUGUGUGUGUAUGAGAAGGACAUUCAGCCUUCUUCAUCAUCAUCAUCGUCAUCGUCAGCCAUAACGGAGAGACUGGAGUGUCUUUUUGAAGAGGAGGAGGAAGAGGAGCUGGAGAGUGAAGGGGAGGAGGAGCUCGACUCGCUGUGUCCCGGUUUGGAUCUGCGCGAAGCGUCGUUCAAGGCCAGAGAGAAAGAGACGCCGAAGGAGCGAUGAUAGUCACCGUGGAAACGGGACGCUGGUUUGGGCUCUGCUCAGAAGGAAGUGAUGAAGCAGGGGAUGGUACAUGGCAUUAAUGAAUUAUGUAACGGCUCAGUAAACUGUGUGAAGGUCAAAGGUGAGCUGGCGGUGAUUAUAGUCCAGAGGCAGCGUCCGUCUGGAUCACUGACCAGUUCACCAGGUAGGAUUUCUGUACUGCGUGAACAGACGAGUGUGUAAGUUGUGUGUAAAUGUUUUUGAUUACAAUAACGUGUGCAUGUUAAACAGCUGGGAGAGAGAGAGAGAGAGAGAGACUCCUGAAAUCCUCCAGUAAUGCAGUUCAGCCACCGUAGCAUGUCUCCUUCCACACACACAGACUCCGCCCCUUUUAUAGGGUCCCAUUACAGGCUCAUUAAUACUGAAUAAAUGUGUUUUUUCUUUAAAUGUCUGUUACAGUGGCAGUGGGACGUGUUUAUUAAAUGUAAGCAGAAUGGAGCGCAAUGUUCUUCAUGACUUCAGCAAAUUCUUCAUUUCUUCAGGAAAUUUUUUUAUUAUGAUGGACAGGAAAUGUUCCCGUUUCUCUCCAGACCUUAGCUAACGGUGCCUUAUUUCUGAACUUUUCAUUAAUUUGUGUUAAAAUCCUGAACUCUUACUUCAGCCAUUUUCAUCUGAUCUGAUCUGCGGUAAAAGGCUCUGUUUACAUCAGCGGCUAGCUCUGACUCGCUAGCUGAGGUCUGCUUACUUCCUAGCUGCUACUAGCAAAAACAUGAAUGUAGUGGGAAAGAAAGAGAACAAAGUGGGAAAGAAAGAGAAGAGUGAGAGAGGGAGAAAGAGAGAGAGAGAGAGUUUAAAAAUGUUUGGAGGAAGGCAGAUUUUCAGUCGUUUUAAUUUCAUGCUAAUAUUUCCUCAUGGCUUUACAUUUUUAUUGCAGUGUAGCAUUUGUAAGAUUGAUGUUUACGUUAUUUUUUUUCCCUCGGAGCAGUCAUGUUUUUAUCGCUCGCUUCUGCCCUGAUCCCAUAAAAUCAGACAGAUUAGUGAGUCAUGCUACGUCACUCGCUAGUCUCAGUCAGUUGCUAGCUUACAAAACAAACACAGAUGAGCUUUUACACAGUGCUAGCUCGCUCUCGUAGCUAACGGCACACAGACUGAUGCUAACUGAUGCUAGUUAGCUGUGUCAGGUUGUGUUCUACCGCAAGCCAGUUAUCUUCACUCGCUAUGUACUCUCUCAGCAUCAAGUCAAACGAGGCACAGCUUCUUGUUUUUAAAGCAUUAGCAUGUGUAGCAAAGAACAAGCUGGCUAAGACAGGUGACUGGUUCCCUAACUGAUGCUAGCUGAAUGUGAGCACAGGAAAGGAAAUAUGAAUAAUAAUCUAUAAAUAUUUUCCUGCCCUGCUCACAGCUACACGUCUACCUGUGUGUUUCACUUCCAGUAAAUUAGAGUAUAAAUUUAUACAGUAAAUUGUUGUAUAGUUGAUAAAAUCCCCUUCAUUUUUUGUUUCAAGUUUUUCACAAAUAAUAAUGUCAGUUUUGAUGUGCUUUUUUUGGUGUAAUGUAAAAAAAAAAAAAAAAGAUAAUAAUUACAUAAAUAAAAAUGAUGCCAUGCAUUUGA